UAUCAGGCGACCCCGAAAUUAUAUAAAGAACACCGGAACCCCCUGACGUCACUUUCUGCACAAGACAUUAUCUGAAAGACCUCAUUGCAGGACAUAUCUCUGCAGAGUCAGCAAGUUGUUUUAUUCUGUAAUUUGAUAUCGGUUAUCAUCAAUGAAAAUAGAUAUUCUCUUCUAUACCAGGUGGCAUUAGGCUCAUGAACACAAUACUAUACAUGUAUUUGUUGUCCGAAAAUUUUAUCUCUCUUCACAACUUUGUAAAUUAUGUUAAUCACACACGUGAAGCGCAAAUCAAAGAGUUAAAUUUUAACAAUGGCAUUUUAUGCUAAAGUUAACGUCCUUCUUUUAAAACAACGUUUACGAACAUAUCUGUUUACAGGGCUAUUUAAAGGCUGGAAAUAAAUCAAUAAAUCUACACCCGCUCGUCCAUAUUUAAAGAACAGGAAGUAAAAACAGUUCUAUGUAGCGUGCAUGGCAACUAAUGAAGAACAUGUCUUUCUUGAUAAGUGCAUUAUAUCUUAUGUCGGCGAUUACCGUGACAGUCGCUGAUUACUGCUCGGCCACUAAUAAUGAGUUUUUUUGUGAAUAUGGCUGUUGUGGAAAUUCCUGCUGUCCUAAUACGGUUGCUAUCGGUGUGGGUUCCACAUUUGGGGGCAUUCUUCUUCUGAUCAUCGCUGGGGGGGUGUUCAUCUGUUGUAUACAGAGGAGGUACAGCCCGAAGGAGGACGUCAAAAUCACAAAGGACAUCUUUACCCAGUGGGAAAAAGACCCAGCGGGAAUAGAUAUGCUACCCACAGCUGAGAAGCAUGUUAGAAAUCGUCGAUCUACCAUAGCACCCCUCCCACCCCCCGCAUUUGCUCUACGACAAAACAAACUGGAAGAAAUCGGUGACAAAGAGGAAAAUCAGCAGCCCGUGUCCACGGAUAGCCCAGUGUGAUCACGGUCCAUUGCGUGACGAUGAUGUCAUAUAUAAAUCCAGUAAACAGUGCCAAAGUGAACUGAAAUACUCGUGAGAGAUUGAGAGUGUUAUGUCUAACGAUGUUUAUGUGGGCGUUUCAUGUUAUAUUAAUGUACCUGUAACAGUAUCCCAAUUCGAUUUGAAAUCGAGUAUGUAAAUUUCUGGGCGAGACUUCUCGUAUAUUUCAAUGUAACAGGCUUUACGUUUGUUCUCAGUGACAAAUGACAUUGUAAUAAUGGCACAGCAUGGUCACAUUGCAGUCAUACUACCGAUCAGUGAAAUUUACAUGCACGAUCUAGCAAAAUGACACGCUGUUAUUGGAAUGCCAUUGUGUCUAUUCACAUAUAGGACCGUGCGCCUCCUGUUUAUCGCAAUUCACCUUUGAAUUAGUACGCUUUACCCGAUAUAGUAUUGCGUUGUGUGACGACACAAUUGAAUGCGACGAUCGAACAGUUUGAAUGACAUGUUUGAUGUAAUAGAACAAGAGUUUUCAUUGGCCGAUUACAGCCCGCCCACUUUCUCGAGCUGAUUCAGGUGACCGGUGAUCAGAUAAGAUGGACAUCAGGUAUGAUGGACGGACUAGAAAAUUACUACCUGGAGAACUGUAGCUCUCUGAAGAAAUAUUGUGACGGAACAGAGCUACAGAUCCAGCUCUUAUAAAAACCUUCGAUUUACGGGGCACGAAAAGCUGCGCACAGUUGAGGCCUGAUAUCGCGUUGUCAGUGUAUUCUUGUGUUGCUGUCUCAUAAAUUCAAUAUAAAAAAAUCUUAACAUAUUUUCCUACUAUACUUGUGUCCAAACAUACCUUCAAAUAUUCAUUAAAGCCACACACGACCCGAAAACUCGUAGCUUCAAAUCAUUUCGUUUGUUGACGUAACCAUGUUAGGUAGCCGGUAAAUUCGAACUGUUGCUAUUGGUAUCUAUUCAUAAAAUUGGUUGUAAGCUAUGCAUUCGCUCUCCAUUUAUUAUCAACACGAAUAAUUUAUAGAAAUGAAAAAAUAUAGAUUUUCUAAAGGGAAAAUAAGCUCUUGGUUAAUGAUAAUGCUACAAAAGUCCAAUAUGGUCCUUAACACUCGUGUGGCAGAGGUGGAGACCGGCCCAGACUAAUGAAAGCCGCAUUGCCGUGAGUUUAGCUAUUUGAAUAAUUAUCAUUUAAUGGAACUGGGAUGAUAUACUGUAUUAUUUGAAAUAUUUAUGGGGGUAUUAGUUCACAUCUAGACGCUAUUGUGCCAGUAUGGAAAUGAACCGGGAUUCGAAUUGACCGGUUACCUAACAUGGCUACGUCAACGAACGAAGUCAUCAAAAACUGUGAGUUUUUGGGUCGUUUGGGGCUUUAAUAAAUAUUUGAAGGUAUGUUUGGACACACGUAUAGUAGGAAAAUAUGUUAGGAAUUUUUUGAUAUCUAAUUUAUGAGACAACAACACAAGAAUACAACUUUUUCUCGUUCUUCCUUUGAAGUUUGUUUCCAUUUGGCCGUCAUGUUUUAUAAUGCCGACUACUCCCGUAUAAGGGAAUUAGGGCGGACUUAUACAUAUGGACCAAUGAGAGUUUCUGUUGCAUUUCGCAAUUGUAUUACAAACAGAUUAAAUUGUGUCGUCAACGCAAUACUAUAUCAGCCAAAGCGUUCUAAUUCAAAAAUGAAUUGCGAUAAUAUCAAAGCUAUAUAUAUAUAUAUAUAUAUAUAUAUAUAUAUAUAUAUACUUUGGUGAAAUGACAUGUCAGUGAUUUUAGAUAAAUUUGAUUCUAAUACGCAAGACUAGUGCUUUGUAUUCAUGCUCAUUUUUCAAGUAUCAUGAGUUACAUGUACUAUCAAAAUAUCAGUCGGGAUUUCAGCCAGGAGACUCAACUGUAAACCAGCUGGCUGAAAUAUUUGAUAAAAUAAUGUCAAGUCUAGAUAGAGGGAAAGAUACUAGUAUUCGUUUCAUUUUUUGUGAUAUUUCCAAAGCGUUUGACAGAGUUUGGCACUUAGGUCUUGUUCAUAAACUUCAGGGGUUGGGUUUUGUGGGUAAUAUAUUUGGCUAGAUUAAUGACUACUUAAUUCAAAGGCAACAACGAGUAUCUCUAGAAGGACAUUCAUCUACAAACAAAAUAUUAAAUGCUGGUGUACCCAGGGAGUCAGUGCUGGGCCCUUUUUUGUUUUUUACUAUAUAUCAACAUCACCAAUGGCAUUUCUAACAAUAUUCGAUUAUUUGCUGAUGACACCUCCUUAUUUGCUAUCAUUGAUAAUGAAGUUGUAAACAAAACUCUUUCACUUACCAAUGACCUUAACACAAUAGAAAAAACUGGCUAAUGCCUGGGCUGAGAUUUUAAUGCAAAUAACACUCUCAACGUUGAUUUUACGAGAAAGAAUAUUAACUUUCCUGAGAUUCAGUUUGGAUAUGGCGGUGAAGCAAUCAAUCAACAAAAUUCUCAUAUUCACUUAGGCCUACAUUUCUAAUCAGAUGGUUCUUGGUCCAAGCAUAUUUUUUUUUUAGUUUAAAUGAAAAAGCAUGCAUGAUGGUACAGGGAUUUCAACAGUCUCGAUUGAAGUCAGCAUUUCGCAAAUUCUGUGGUCGUUAUAACGCUCUAGUUCAUCAAUACAACCUCGCAUUGGGUCAAAUGCUGUCUGACGUGUUUCAUACCGAUUGUUAGGCCGUUCUUGGCACACUGAUUUUGACUACGGAUAACUCCGUUUACCUGAUCAGGAUAUAGGGCUCACGGCGGGUUUGACCAGUCGACAGGGGAUGCUUACUCAUCCUAGUCACCUGAUCCCACCCCUGGCGUGUCCAGGGGUCCGUGUUUGCCCAACUAUUUAUUUUGUAUUGCUUAUAGGAGUUAUGAGAUUGAUCACUGUUCGUUAUCUUCGCCCUUUAUGCAAAAGGUUAAACAUAUUACGAUUGCCUAAACAUACUCUUGAUAGAGGAACACUUAUCCAGAUCUACUUUGCUUUCAUUAGACCAGUCUUGGAAUGUGGUGAUGUAGUAUGGGGUAAUUGUAGUAAAGAAAAUUCUGAAUUACUUGAAAAGAUUCUAAUUGAGGCAGCACGAAAAAUUACAGGGUUUAGAGUUAAUUCUUAAUAAAGUAAUUCAUAUAGUGAAUUGGGCUGGGAACCUUUACAAUCUCGUAGGAAUAAACAUAAGCUUAUAUUAUUCUGUUAAAUGAUAAAUGGUAUAGCUCCACAGUAUAUGUCUGACUUAAUUAAACCUUUUCUUCCAACUGAUCAUGUGUAUAAUCUCAGGUCAAGUCGCAUUCUUUAUCGUAUGUGUAUGUGUAGAACAUGUUGAUCCAUAAAUAAUAAUUUCAUAGCAAAAUUCAGUAAAACUCUUAUCAACUAUUUUCAUGUAAACCUCAUUACAACAUUCUUACAUCUUCAAAGAAUCCUGUUUAUCAAUCAUACCUUUGUACUUGACUUUGUAUUUGGGAGAGGGCCUACAUAGGGGGUGUUGCUAAAACGCGAAACGGAACAGAUGUUUUGAUUUGUCAUCUUCUAGCGUAGCAUUGUUUUCGUUAUUUUGUCUUCUUUGGGGGAUCUCAAACUUGAGUAAUUUAGUUUUGCAUGUACUUUGAUGUAGACUUGAUUUAGCUGAUUUCCCCCCGAAUCUUCUGUUGAAGAUUUCUUUUGUCAUUUGGUAAGUAAUAAAUAACAAUUUUCAACCUCAA